AUGGCUUACGAAAACCUCAUUUCAACACUUACCACCCUCCUCUCUGCUCACCCUGUGCCGCAUUCACUCGCCUCUCGCGCUUACCAACCCUGCCACACUGCCCCAUCCGCUCUUACUCUAACCAUCAACCCACUGCAGCUCUCAUUUCAGCUCCCCCAAGACCUCUCCUCCUGUCUGGGUUUCUCCUCGUCGCUGGUCCUGCCCACGCCCUCAGACCCCUCAGACCCGGUGCUGCCUGCCUCUGCUGCGAUCAGCUCAGUGGACCGCGUGAGGGGCCCAUUCAACCCUGCUCGCAUGGAGUAUAUUCAGCAGGGCAUGCGCUGGGAGGAGUUUGAGCAGCUGCUGGAAGGCAUGCACCUCUGA